UCAUAUUAUUAUAUAAUUAAAAGCAAAAAACAAUCAGAGCCUCUUGACAAUUGCAAGUAUGUUAUAGUAUAUAUAUGAGUAGUUUACACCUAAGUUUCCAUGAACCAGCAGCAAUUAAAGUGGAGUUAAAUUCCAUUUCCAGGAAGAAUCAGAGAGAGAAAAGGGAAAAAAAAUGAAAAUGGUGAAAGAUGAAAUUCGAAAGGGUCCCUGGACAGAACAUGAGGACAUCCUUCUGGUCAACUUUGUUCACCUAUUUGGAGAUCGAAGAUGGGAUUUUAUUGCUAAAGUUUCAGGUUUGAAGGUGUGGCGGGAGACGAACGAUAGGUUACGAUGGGUUAAUUACCUGCACCCUGGUCUCAAAAGGGGAAAGAUGACACCCCAAGAAGAGCGCCUUGUGCUUGAGCUUCAUUCCAAAUGGGGAAAUAGGUGGUCAAAAAUUGCUCGGAAAUUACCAGGACGUACAGACAACGAGAUAAAGAACUAUUGGAGAACUCAUAUGAGAAAAAAGGCUCAAGAAAAGAAACGGGCCAUGUCACCAUCAUCAUCAUCUUCAGUUUGUCAUCCCUCACCAUCAACUUCUACUAAAGUGGAUUCCUUGCCCUUUUCGGGUACUGGAAAGGUAAGUUUUUAUGACACUGGAGGUCCAGAUAUGGCAUCUUUGGCAGGAAAAAAAAGUCCAGAAUUCGAAGAUGAAAAGGGCUACCCCAUGGAUGAAAUAUGGAAAGAUUUUGAUCUGUAUGAAGAAAACACAAUGAUAUCUCUGUCUGAUAACUACAGUGAAGGUUGCAAUUUUUCCUGUCCUUCAAUGGCUUCUCCACCAUGGGAGUACUUGUGGGAUUCACUGUGGAAGAUGGAUGAAGAAGAGAGUAAGAUGUUCCUCCCAACCAAUCAAUUUCUUUCUUGUACCGAAUAUGGGAAAGCAUCUUUAACCGGCUAAUUAGAAUUCAUUUAUUUGUUCAUACGUAAUACUAGUAUUUCCUAGGGUCUCUCUAACCUGUAUAUCUGGGUUUUCUUUAAGCUUUAUGAUAAACAGUUUUCUUAUCUCAUCCUGCAUAUCACUGUAAUAAUCUCGUUGCUGUAGUCUAUGUCCCGGUGUUUUGUGUGGUUUAAUUAGUCCUCAGAGAGGAAGAGAGAACCUAUGUCAAAAUCCCCCCUGAGGAGACCAUGUAUGUUCAAUGAAUGUAUAAUACUCAUUUGGAAUUUAAAUUUUGAACCAGCUUGAUGCUCUGUAACACUGGAGAUUCAUCUUCUUUAUUAAAAAGGUG